CAACACCAGUCGAGUGACGUCACUUUGUUAUGCACACCAGCUGAUUCAGACACAGAGGAUCCGCAACACAGCUUUUUUGUUGUGCAGGCAGAAAACAGUCUUGGAUAACAUCUGCAACAAAGCGAAAAAUGGAGGAUAUACUUCAUGUGUAUGCAUGAAUAUACAUAUCUGGAUACAUUUCUGUGUGCGCUUCUGUUUCUAGGUAACUUCGUAUAUGGUGGACUGUAGGGAGACUGUACGUUUGGCCUCAGCGGGCCUCGUCGUUAUGCGCUUAGUGCAAAGGUCAGGCUUCCCUGAUUUUCUUGGAUAUGUGAAAUAGGGGGGAUAAAACACGUCGAGAGGAAACCGCGUGGAAAAAAACGAGUGUAAAGGGGCCAAUGAGACGGGGAUUUAAUCUGAAGUUUUCGUUGGAGUGUUGUUAAGACCCGGAAACUACUACUGCGCUGCAAAUCGGAACUUCAGACGUGUUCAAAUAUAUUAUUUAAUUUAAGCGAAAAUGUGGCUAAAGCUUUUUUUCCUGUUGCUGUAUUUUCUUCUACUCUUUGUUUUGGCUCGUUUUUUUGAAGCCAUUGUCUGGUACGAAACAGGGAUCUUCGCUACCCAGUUGGUGGACCCGGUGACCCUGAGCUUCAAAAAACUCAAAACCAUUUUGGAGUGUCGGGGCUUGAGCUACUCGGGGCUACCAGAGAAAAAGGAUGUCACGGAUUUGGUGGACAAAUCAGGUGAUCUUAUGGAAGGGGAACUUUAUUCUGCCUUGAAGAAUGAGGAAGUCUCAGAGACUGUUUCCAGCACUACCUUCAGUGGUGAAAUGCACUUCUAUGAAUUAGUUGAAGACACUAAAGAUGGAAUUUGGUUGGUGCAGGUUAUAGCAAAAGACAGAGAUCCUCUUGUGAGCAAAGUCAACUGGAAUAAAAUGGUCACAAAAGUAUCUCAGUUUGGUAUUCGUACAGGAACUUUCAAUUGUUCCAGUGACUCCAGUUACUGCCGCAGACGAGGCUGGUUGAAAUCUACUCUUAUUAUGUCUGUUCCCCAGACUAAUACAUCUAAAGGAAAGGUGAUGCUGAAGGAGUACAAUGGCAACCGCAUUGAAACAGAACAUAUCUUCAGGUGGAUGACUGCUCAUGUGGCUUCUCGAAUAAAGACAAUCCGCUACACAAGCCAGGUAGCGGAUGAGUGGAACGCGAAUGACCAGUAUAAACUGAAAAUGUACCUGUUUGCCAAACUGGACCAGCCUCCUGCUUUCUUUUCUGCCCUCAGUGUGAAGUUUACUGGAAGGAUAGAAUUCAUUUUUGUAGAUGUGCAAAAGUGGAACAACAAAAGCUACAUGAAAGAAAUUGGUGUGAAACACAUACCAUCAUAUGUUCUUAAAACACCUGAAGGAGCAUACAGAUAUGGUAACAAUACUGGGGAAUUUAUUUCCUUAAAUGCAAUGGAAACUUUUCUGCGCUCAGUGCAGCCAGAAGUGAACGACUUAUUUGUUUUGAGCUUAGUUAUGGUCAACCUAAUGGCUUGGAUGGAUUUAUUCAUAACUCAAGGUGCAACUGUAAAGCGUUUUGUGGUACUUAUAAGCACAUUAGGGACAUACAAUUCUUUAUUAAUAAUUUCUUGGCUACCAAUAUUGGGGUUUCUUCAGCUGCCAUACUUGGACAGUUUUUAUGAAUACAGCUUGAAACUUCUAAGGUAUGCUGAUACCACAACAAUUGCCUCAUGGGUAAGGUCGGACUGGUCAUUUUAUUCUUCACAUCCAGCCCUUUUUCUUAGCACUUAUUUUGGUCAAGGUUUACUCAUUGACUAUUUUGAGAAGAAAAGAAGACGUAACAAUGAUAGUGAAAUGAAUGUGAACAACCUUGAAUGGCUGUCCAGUCUCUGGGACUGGUAUACAAGCUACUUGCUCCAUCCCAUUGCAUCUUUGCAUAACUUUCCCAAUGAGUCUGACUGGGAUGAAGAUUCCAAUUUACUUCUGGAAAGAUUAGCAUUCCCUGAUCUCUGGCUUCAUCCUCUAAUUCCAAAUGAUUAUAUAAAAAAUCUGCCCACUUGGUGUUUUCGCUGCUUGCGUGCCAGAUGUGAAGGGGACACUGCAGAAGGCUUACAAGACAGUGACCCAGAAUCUGAAUGUGAAAUUAAAACGGACACUGAACUGUCUGAUACAGAUCAAGGAAGCACACAUGAAACUUGUAAACACUUUCCUUCCAGUCCUGACUGCUUUUGUAGUUGUAAAAAGAGAUUCAGCCACCCAAAGAAACGAAGAUGUAACAAGACUUUCAAUCCUAAUGAAGAGCUGGAGCCAGACUGGUGUCUAUGGCCUAGUGAUAUGUUGAGAUGCACGGAAUGUGUUGUAUGCCUGGAAAAUUUUGAGAAUGGCUGUUUGUUAAUGGGUUUGCCCUGUGGCCAUGUGUUCCACCAACAGUGCAUAGUAGUCUGGCUUGCAGGAGGUCGACACUGCUGUCCUGUGUGUAGGUGGCAUUCCUACAAAAAAAAGCUGAAUAGACCCCAGCAACAGCAGCCACCUCUACAGUCCUUUCAGUCACAGACACUUUAAGAGUUUGUCAAUAGGAACAACUACUGCUUAGCACUGGCUGGUUAUCCCCCUCCUGCACUUCAGUAUCUUGAUACUUGAUGUGUUAAUGUUAGAUGUCUUUGGUUUGUGUUGAUUUAUUUGUGGUUUCAAUUUUUUUUUUCAUCAUUAGAACAUAAUGACAAACUGAUCGACAGUUUAGUAGCACUAAUGUUGCAGUGAAAAUAAACAACUUUUUGGUUGCCUUGCCUUGUACAUUUAAAAUAUAUUGGCUGCAUUUUUCUGUAGUGAAAAUGAUCUAAUUAUGAAGACCACGAAGGUAAACCUAAACUAAUACUAAGAAUACUAAGCUUAUUUUAAAAUGUUUGCAAAAACAGAAGUGUACUGAUAAUGAAGAAGAUUUUCCCGAGUUAGAAAAUGCCUUUCAGAGAAAUGAAGUAUCUGCAGUAAUAAUACUUUAAAAUGUACUGUUAUGUAAGAGAGUGUUUGACUACUGACCGUGUGUUUUAAGGCCAGGUAGCCUUAAUGAUUUUUGUUUUUAAAAAAACUUCUUUCUAUGACACUACAGAGAAGCGUGAAACUUCUAAAAGGUUAAGCUACCUGCAUGAAAAAGUAACCUUUAUUGAUUUCAUUUUAAGAUUGCAAGGUUCUGAAAUUUUCCUUAAUAAUAUACUAGUCAAGUCCAUCUAUGAACAGCAGCUGCUGCUUUUGAACAAAAAAGAGAUAGAAUUGCACAUGUAACUAACAAGCACUUAAAAACACAGCUUGAUGAAGAUGUGUGCCUGUAGUCUGUUCACAUUAGACACUCUUGGAUUACAAUAAUAAUUUCCAUGCAUAUGUUUAAAUUUUGACCUCUCUAUCACCUCAUUAUAGCACUAAUGCUGUACAAAAAAUAAUCCCUUAGAAUGAUGAAAUUGUUUGUAUUUAAUUUUUUUUUUAAUUUUCAGGAUGUUUUCACUGCCGGCAAAUAGUGAAAUCUUAAAAGGCCAUUCAGUCUUUGAAGUAUGUACAUUUAUAGAAGCUACAAGAAUUACAGAAUUAACUGAUGGCGACUAGUGCAAUUUGCUUAUUAAUUACACUUUUUUGAUUCAUAGAGUAACGUUGCCAGUAACUGAGAGGCUCACCUCAAGUGGAUAAUGAGAGAAAUAGUACUGGCAGCUGCCAAAAUAGUUCUAGAAAAGGGCUGUACUGUAUAUACAUUAUAUAUUAAAAGAUAUUGGUGCAGAAAGGAAAAAAAAACACAUGGUGAUAUUGGUUGAAAUUUUGUGUUCUAGGACACAUCCAAAUGCAUAAAGAAAUUUUUGUGUUCAUCUAAUGUGCACCACAAGGGCAUAUGUUUUAAACAUGGUUCUAAUUAGAUUAGUUUAAAUUGUCAUGCAUUAAUAUACUGCAAAUAUGAGGGCUUUGACUGUAGGAGGAAGCCAUCUAUUAACACUUUCCCUAGCGUAAUACACUUUGAAAUAUCACAUAGUUUAGCAGGAUUAGAAAAACACAGUUUGACUCUUUUUAAGCUGCCAAUGCAUUUUUAAUAUGAAAAUUGGAUUUUUUAUUUUUCUUGCGUCAAAUUCUCUUGCAUCCUUUUUUAACUGGGUUCUUUUAAUUUUUGUUUUUUGUCAUAACUGUGCAGUGGGUUAUAUGUGAGUGUUUUAUGUCCAGAUCUUAAAUAAAAGUACAUGUACCAAGCA